AUGGUGUUAGAGUAUAACUACUUCUUUUACACAAAUGUAUGUCAUGUUUGUAAACAGUUUGGCAAACAAGUUUCUUUGAAAAGAUGCGGUAGUUGUACAAUGAUUGCUUAUUGUUCUAAAGAGCAUCAAAGAGAACAUUGGCCACAGCACAAGGAUUUGUGCUGUGCGAUAUAUGAUGUUUUGCAAGAUAACAAAAUGUCAAGCUUUUUAAUUAAUAAUCAAGAUCUUUGUACAGAAAAGUGGACCCGAAUGAAAAUGAAUUUUAUGUUACUAGUAGCAAUGAAGAUUUCUCGUAAAUUAGAAUACUAUGAGGAGCAAAUGUUUAAAUUUCUUAGAUCUUGUACAAUGUGCCAUAACUGGAAUACAAAAGAACUUGUGGAUUGUCAUAAUUGUCCAAGUACCAGCUUUUGUACAAGGCAUAAAAAUGAUACAAUGCACAAAAACCUUUGUAACCUGUUAAAAUUAUGUUUUAAAUUAAAUAUGGCUUCAAUACUACAUGAGAAAGAAAUACCUGAAAUAAAAAGAUCGUAUCAUACAAAACACAUAAAUUUACCACCAAAUAUGAAAUAUUUUAUAAAAGACUAUAUUGAAGCACAGAAAAGUCCCAAUUUAUUAAUAGAAGAAGAAACAAUAAUUAAUGCAGAACUUCUUACAAGACCUUUAACAUUUCUUUAUGCUGCACAAAAGUUAGGAUAUUUUUUAAAGAAAAAAGAUAUUAUUAUUCACAUUAUUGCAGCUAAUGCAGUAGAAAUCAAUGGUAUAGAACUUUGGGAAAUUCUGUUGCAUUGGCUACCAAAUGUAACAGUAGCAACAAUUAUAUUAUUAGGACCUGAAUUGUCUCCAGGUUCUAUAUCAAUAAACCUUUGUAAAAAUUGUCAGUGUAGCAGCAAGCAACUUGAAAUUCAAAUGCAAGACACACUUUAUGAAAAUUAUAUUGAAUGUGAUUCCUACAUGAAACCAAACUUUAUUAUUGGGUACAAUGCAGGAAUUCAUGAGUGUGAAGAUAUUAAAUCUCAGAAUGAUACAUGGACACAUUCUCUGCAAAUGAUAGCUAGACAAAAUUGCCCACUUAUUCUAACAUCUUACACGUUAUCUGAAGCAGAGAAAGAGCAAAUCAGAGUCCAAGAAAUUUUGGGUAGAGAUGUAAAGUGUACAUACUUUGAACAAAAUCCCUAUUCUAGCAUAAGGCCGUACAGAGAUUUUGAAACUGAAGGAGUAUACUAUCAGAAUCAGUACAUAAUUAUUUAUGAGAAUUUUAUGGCACAAUAAUGACUAUUAAUUACAAUGAGAUACUCUUACAAUUUUAUAAUAAUGCAUUUAGC